ACAAUGCGUGCGCUGGUGAGACUCGACAGAGAAUCUGGAUUUUACUGUUUCUACUGUUUCUUGUAGUUCUAGCUAGACCGUAUAAUUGGACACAGCUAAUACACCUCGUCAAACUCAGAAGCAUACGCAACUCUCCUGCUCCAUUAGAAGGCUGGUUUGGUUCAACAACCCUCUUACUUUGUACCAUCAAGUACAUCCAAAGUAGACAACAUCGACAACAACAUCCUACGUAUCUCUCAACCAAGCCAUCACAAGACGAAACAAGAUGAAGCUGCUCCACAAGCACAAGAGCGCCUUUCUGUCGUUCGUCUCGUUCCUGGCAACGACGCCUGCUUUGGCUUCUUUUACGGCUUUACCUAAGGUUUCUUUUCAGCUUCUUUAGAUUUCUUUUCAGCUUCUUUCGAUCGCCAGCAGCAUCGCGGACCUUUCCCUCCCAUGAGCAUAAAGGGAGAGGAAACAGAUCCAAGAUGCAUGCGAAGAUGGAUUUAGCGAUCCCUCUCUGUCGGAGGGUGCACGUUUUCCCUGUGGAAGGCGCAUAAAUUCCUAUCCUACUUAUCUUAUUCUAAUCUUUUUUGUGAUGACGAAUUUGCUGAACACUGUUUAAAAAUCACCUUUCCUUCCGACGCCACGAACCUAGACAUCGGAAAGCAGUGCUAUCAAGAUGCCAUUCCUGCGGACAAGCGUUCCAGUGAGUGCGAAAAAUGGAUGCAACUGCAUAAGUUAUGUUGGAUUUUCUUUUGGUAAUUCAUUGGUGUACUCAGUUUAGGGUAUAGGAAAACGAGAAGUUGACGUAACUGCAUAAGUAAUGGAGUUUUCAUAUGGGGUAACUGUUGUACUCAGUUUAGAUUAUAGGGAAAUGACAAGUAUUGAUGUAACUGCCUAAAUUAUAUUAAAAUUUUCUACUUCUGUUUUUUUAUGUUUGUUGUACUGAAUGUUUAGUUGAUGGUUCAUUCAGUAUAGACACGGAGGGCUCUUUGAUAACUGUAAUGAUCCGCUUCAGAGAACCUCACCUAAUGUAAUGAUGAUGUAAACUACUCUGGGCCUGGUCUCAAUGCUGAUUUGGAAGAUCAGAUUGGAGACACAUGACAUGACAAGUAGUUUGUUUCUAACCCUUGCUUGUGAGACCGAAUUUGCUGGUGAACGCUGCAAAGGGAGCGCUUUCACGCCGGAUGCUGAGGUUUGUGUAAAGCAAUGGACGCCAGCCGCUGAACUGACCGAUGCCUGCAAAGCUGUGGUUGGGAGUGGCGAAGAAAAAGAGACCAAGGAAGAGGAAUUGUCUUAUGACUGAACAACGUAGACUUCCUAUGAUAACUAAAUAACUACUCGUGCGUCGUGAACAACGAUUAUCAUUAUCAUAGACUAUAUUAAUAUUUGAGGAAGUAGAUUUAUCGUGCUGUAUUAAGUGCAUCUAUGUACUUCUCAGUGGGACACUAUCUGCAGGGUCCAUAACCUAUAUUAUAUAUAACGCACUAGACUUCGCCGUCGAAAUCUGAAUGAUCUAGAUUUUACAGAUUUCAACAUUCCAUGAUGUUUUUUUAAUCUCUAGCUGCACUCCAACAUCUCUCGAUUUCUAAUUUCUCCCGGAGGCUAAGCGUCGCAGGGCCGCUCGUCGUCGCACUCGGGAAGAAGCGGCCAAGCGCGCUCGUGGCGAGAAGGAAGGAGAUAAGAAGAAGAAGACGUCGACCAAGAAGAAGUUAAGGCUUCCUCUAAUAAUCCAUCUUCAGAGAAGGCAUCCUAGGAGAGACGUUUUCAAGUGGAAAACGGAUUCAGGAUGGACCUCAGGAUGGAUAAGGGUGAGUUCUAAAGAAGGCGACCAAAAAGAAGAAAGCCGCAAAGAAGGACGACUUGUAAAUGCGAUAACGCAUUUCUUACACGCGAAUAUUCUUGGUGGAGGGGUAAGUGUGGUGAAAUGCUGAAGCAUGGGGAUCCAACUUUGGCUGAGAAGAUAUUUGAGGAAGUGGGGAGAUUGUAGUUGUGGGGGCAAUGAUUGUGGGGAGCAUAUGAUGUUGUUGAACACUGGUGAAAUUUGUGGAAAGUCUGAAAAAUAGGGGGGAUCAUGCGACGGCUUCUGACUGUUUCAUAUUCAUUGUGUUGGUGAUGGGCAUCUGAAUGUGGGGAUACACAAGAAGUUUCAGAAAUCGACUUCCGACGGGGGUGAAAGAGAGGAGAAAUUUUUUAGAGAAUCCACAAUGAUGAUGGUUAAAACUCUUCUAGUUCUAUCCUGGGAUGCAUGUAGAACAAGAGAGCGUUGGUGUUUUGGCUUACAGCCUAAUCCGGACUAAUAGAACGUCCCAGCACCCUGCGCAAUAUAGUGAAAAACUAUAACCGAAAGUCGAAAUUUUUCCGGUUCUGGCCUGCACUGAUUUAAGAGAAACAACAAAAUCUGCUUCAAAGACUCUUCAAUUCAGCCAUAUCAGCAUGAUUCGGUCUU